AUGGGGGAGGUUGUGUGGGAGAUGCUGGAGGAUAGGAACGAGCAGGGGCUGCCGCCGGGGUUCAGGUUCCACCCGACCGACGAGGAGCUCGUGACGUUCUAUCUGGCCGGGAAGGUUCUCAACAGGGGCUUUCCAGGCGUGGAAAUGGCGGAGAUUGAUCUUAACAGAUGCGAGCCGUGGGAGCUCCCAGGUAAGGGUCGUGCACUCGUCUUCUUAGAGAAAGAGAGAGAUGUUUCGUUUUCCGAUGAUUUUUGUGAAACGAUGACUCGCGGCGUGUAAUGAGCUCUUCUAAACGCCGGUUCUUAAACGGUUUCGACGCUCGCUCUCUCUCUCUCUCUCUCUCUCUCUCUCUCUCUCUCUCUCUCACUCAGCAUCACUGCGACGCCUUUUCCCUUGUUCUCGCUCCGUUUCUUCCUCCAUUAACCUAGGUGUCUCGUUCUAUUAUUCUGGUGGAAGGAACUCGAGGGUGUCCUCUCUCUCUCUCUUCCUUCAGGAGUUUCUCUCGAGAUAAUUCGUUUCCCAUGUUCUUUGUUAUUUAGGACUUUAUGAAAUGAAUGCACGCAGCUCUCUCUCUAUCUCUCUCUCUCUCUCUCUCCAGCUAGAUGGUUCUCCUUUUCAUUCUGGACUUUACGAAAUGAAUGCCCCGCAACUCUCUCCCUCUCUCUCCCUCUAUUUUUCCGUUUCCGGGGUUCUCUGAAGGCUUCUCUCUCUCUCUCUCUCUCUCCCUCUCUCCCCCCGCCAUGAAUGAAGACGAAGCAAAGCUCGGGGAGAGAGAGUGGUACUUCUACAGCCUGCGGGACAGGAAGUAUCCGACAGGCCUGAGAACCAACAGAUCGACGGUCUCCGGCUACUGGAAGGCCACCGGCAAGGACCGGGAGGUCUACUCAUCCUCCGGCGCCCUCCUCGUCGGCCUCAAGAAGACCCUCGUCUUCUACCUCGGCCGGGCCCCCCGCGGCGAGAAGACCAAGUGGGUUCUUCACGAAUACCGUCUCGACGGCGACUUAUCUCUCCAUGAUCUCUCGGUCUCUCUCUCUCUCUCUCCCUCCCUCUAUCUCCUCUCUCUCCCUCUCUCAAACUGGAAACCACGAGUUGAGCCCCUUCCGGUUUGGCGUUGCAGGAUGAAUGGGUGAUCUGCAGGAUAUUCCACAAGACCGGAGGGAAGAAGAAGAGGCUGUUUCCUUCUCACAGCCGUCGCCGCAGCAGCCAUCUCCUGCAGCCCUCGCCGUCGGGCUCCGCCGCUCCGCCGGCGCUCGCAGGAGCUCUGCAACUCCGCCGCCAGGACGACGGGCAUCUACUUCUUCCUCCUCGUCCUCCUUCAUCUUCCGACCAGCCUUCCUCUUCCCUGCUGAACCAGAACUCCGUCUGCUUCCCUUCUCGGCAGAGCGAAACAGAGGAGCUGUUUUCUGCCCUAAUAGGCUCCUUUCCCGUCUUCUCGUGGGACUCGUGGGAUUCCUUGGAACACUGCGUCAUGACGCAAAAGGGUUGA